GCGUUCGUUGAAGACUGUCAUUAGCCAUCAGCUUUGGGAACCCGUGUGCAAGCUUGCUUGACCUUCAACGUGAGUCCACACACACACGGUGUGAAUGCAAAAAAAUGCAACCAAGCGCAACUGUUGAAUCGUUGGACCACGUCAGCUCACAGGAGGACGUUAAUGGUAGAGACUAUACGCAUCAUCAUUAAGCGCAUCUCCUUGCGAUCGUUUGACUCUGAUUAAAAAGAUGGCCCUCUACAGCACCCGCUGACAACUAAUGAGCCAAACGGAAGAAAAAAGAGGGCCAGUGUCGGUCAACGACAGAAUGAAGAAACUGGACCAGUUUGAUCAGCACGCCAUUCACCGAGGUCCAACUGGCGUCGUCUUGCCGGUCGGAGGAGGAGGAACAGGAGCAGGCCGGACUAGUAGUUCAAGUAACAGCGCAGGAGGUCAAUCAUCGACGUCAUCGUCGACAUCUUUCCGGAUGCCCUCGUUGACGAUGCCACUUAAUAUGCCCAUCUCAUUGGCCAUGGCAUCGGUGCCGGCGUUAAACAAUCUCAACACUCUGACCGGUUUAAGUGGUUUGGUUCAUCAUUCGUCUGCGGUCCAUCCGACGUCGUCUCAACAGUGUCUCGCAUCAUCGACGCCGCCAUCGGUCGGCAGCGCUGGAAGCCUCGGAGCCAAUUCGUUCACCGACUCGGAUUCGGACGACGCCGAAAUGGCCAACCAAACGCAGCACGAUCAUCAACGGCGUCCGUUAACGGCCAAACAUCGAACUCAUCACGCGCACGCCAAGUGUGACGGAGGAGUUUUGGUGUUGAAGGGACGGGAUACCAUCAUGACGACGGGCGGCAAUCCACGUUCGUCGCCCCUAUCCUCUCAUCAGUCGUUGACAUCUACGUUGAAGGAGCAUCGCGACCUAGUGGCCGACUACCACCAGCAAUUGCAACAACUUCAACAACAGCAAUUACAACAAGACGAGUCGCGACAUGUGGUUCGACGUGGUGGCGAAACAAAAGGACGUCGCAGUCCGCACAGCUCUGACGGAUCUGCCAGCCCGCCCGAUUCGCCCCUGCACGAUGCCGACCACACAUCCGAUUUGGACGAGUUUAUGGAAUCGGACAACGAAGACGCCGGAGUCGCUCUUGAUUUGGCAAGGAAUUCUCGGCGAGAUCAUUGCGGAGAUAUCAGUCAGCAUGACAGCGAUAGUUUUUCCGGCGAAGGCCAGCCGAUCAACGGCCAGUUUUCGGCCACUUUGGGAGGGUCCCCCGCCGCCGCAGCUGCUGCAAAUUUACAAGCUUCGAUAGCCGCGUUGCAAGCUGGACAACUGUCCCUGGGACAGAUGUUGGCAAUGAGCGCCACGCAAAACCCUUCGGUGUUGUUGCAAAACCCGAUGGCUGCAGCCACAGCGGCCGGCUUACCCGGCCUGUCUGGCCUAUCCUUUUCGGCGCAGGAAGUUCAAGCUAUGCAGCAAAGUUUUCAACAGCAGGCCAUUCAGCAACUAGCGCUACUGCAACAAGGAGCUGCUUCGCAAUUUAGUCCACAAGCACAAUUUUACCUACAGAGCCACGUGCAACAAGCACUGGUUCAAGCAGCUCAGCAGUACCAACAGCUGCAGAAGCAACAACAGUCAGUUAUUUCAUCUCACCGAAAUAGUUUCAGCGACGCUCAACACCAACUUCAUCUUCAGCAACAACACGUUCAGCACCACGAGCAGCAACAGCACAAACUGCAACAGAAGCAAUUGCAACAACAACAGGAGAAACAACAGCAAAUCGAACAACAGCCGUCUCGAGAACACUCGCCUCGGCAUCACCAUCCGUCGAACCCGCCGCCGGCCGAAGUGGCGGCGCCCGUCAUGACGAAAGCGGCGGCGACGCACAGCUCGCGGACGUCGUCCAACUCGUCGUCGGCCUCUGGUCAGUUGACGAUCGAACUCGGCACGGCCGGCAACGCUGGCACGGCCACCAACUCUGCCGCCACGCCGCUCUACGACUUGCCUCCGGAAGAGACUACGGAUCUAGAAGAACUGGAACAAUUUGCUAAAACGUUUAAACAGCGAAGAAUUAAACUCGGUUUUACCCAGGGGGACGUUGGUCUAGCCAUGGGUAAACUGUACGGCAAUGACUUUAGCCAAACGACCAUAUCACGUUUCGAAGCGCUCAACCUAUCGUUCAAGAACAUGUGCAAACUAAAACCACUGUUGCAAAAGUGGCUAGAAGAUGCCGACAGCGCUCUCGGUGGUGGUGGCAACGGCACGGGAGGCAACGGCUGCCUGGGCGGGACGACGGGACUGGGCAGCAUUGCGUCCGGCGGCGUCGGUGGUGUUCCCCUCUCUUCGCCGCUAGGUGGCGGUGGGGGAAACAGCGUUAGUGAUGGAUUAGGACGACGGAGGAAGAAGCGGACGUCGAUUGAAACGAGCGUUCGUGUCGCAUUGGAAAAGGCGUUUCUAGCUAACCCCAAGCCCACUUCGGAAGAAAUUGCUAUGUUGGCAGACGGCCUAUCUAUGGAAAAGGAAGUAGUCCGCGUCUGGUUUUGCAACAGACGCCAAAAGGAAAAGCGAAUUAAUCCGCCGAGCAGCGGGAUGGCAAGUCCGAGUCCAUCUGGGGCUGGCGGGAUUGGCGGAUCGAGUGGCGGACGCGAUGGCAACAAUAGCAGCGGAGGCGGCGGUAACGUGACUCCCACCAUUCCCGUGACUCCGCCUAACACGGCGGCCAUGCUGGCCUCGAUUGCGUCCAUCACGCCACCUUCGUCGCUGACGGGCGUCGGCUCUUCGCCGCUCUCGCCCGACCCGCCGACUCCACCCAACGUACCUCUGUCUUUAGUGACGACUGCUCACUCUUACCCACGCGGCGGAUCGCCUCCUUCGACCAUGUCCUCUCACCAUCUCGCCAUGAAUAUGGCGAUGGGCAUGCGCUCUUCACCCAGUUCUUCGUCGUCACCACUGCCCCUCUCUUUGACGUACAAUCCGAGACUCGGCAUGGGCUCUACCGGUCCGGCUACUAUUCCCACCGAAUGAACUCUUCAAUGAGCUAGGGGAGUAAGAGGUGGGCGAAUAGAUUACGGAUUGGCAUCCAUUUUUUUUUCUUUUGAGCCCGGGCCCUGUUCAAGUCCUACGUAAUAGUUCCUUCUUUUUUUUUUUUUUUUUUUGGUGUG